AUGGUACGAGGAGAGCAGUUCAUGUGUAAGACCCCGGCCAUAGCGGAUAUUGUGAUCCUGGUGGACGGAUCAUGGAGUAUCGGACGGAUAAACUUCCGUCUGGUCCGCAUGUUCCUGGAGAAUCUGGUUAGCGCCUUCCAUGUGGAGUUUGACAAGACACGGAUAGGUCUGGCCCAGUACAGUGGUGACCCCAGGAUUGAGUGGCACCUGAACACUUUCACCACCAAAGAAGCAGUCAUCGACGCUGUGAAGAACCUGCCCUACAAAGGGGGGAACACACUGACGGGUCUUGCAUUAACGUACAUCCUGGAGAACAGUUAUAAACCUGAGUCCGGAUCCCGGGCCGGCGUUCCCAAAAUUGGAAUCCUGAUCACAGAUGGGAAGUCUCAAGACGAUGUCAAACCCCCGGCUCAGAGUCUGAGAGAGGCGGGAAUAGAGCUGUUUGCCAUUGGUGUGAAGAACGCCGAUGAGAAAGAGCUGAAGGCCAUCGGCUCGCCUCCAGAGGAGACGCAUGUCUACAACGUGGCCGACUUCAGCGCCAUGAGCUCUAUCGUGGAGCGUCUGACCAGGACCGUCUGCGACCGGGUCGAACAGCUCGACAAGGCCAUCAAAGGUGAGUCCGAUUCAAUCACCAUGGCCUCUCCCAGAGACCUGGUGACCUCAGAGGUGACAGCCAGGAGUUUCCGGGUGUCGUGGACCCACGCCCCAGGGACGGUGGAGAAGUAUCGGGUGGUGUACUACCCUGCCAGCGGGGGCCAGCCCGAGGAGAAGAUGGUGCAGGGCACAGUGGACACGGUGGUGCUCAACUACCUCCUCUCCCUGACUGAGUACCAGAUGGCCGUGUUCGCCAUCUACGCCAGCUCAGCUAGCGAGGCCCUCCGAGGCAGUGCCACCACAUUGGCCCUGCCCAUGGUGAACAACCUGGAGCUGUUUGACAUCACCCACAACACCAUGAGGGCCCGCUGGAGGGUCGCAGAGGGGGCUUCUGGCUACAUGAUCCUCUAUGCCCCACUGACCGAGGGAAACGACGCCGAUGAGAAGGAGGUGAAAGUGGCUGAGACCGUGAACGAAGUGGAACUGGAGAACCUGACCCCAGACACAGAGUACACAGUGACCGUGUACGCCAUGUACGGAGAGGAGGCCAGUGAUCCUAUGACCAGUCAGGAGACCACGCUACCCCUGACCCCGGCGCGGAACCUGCGCUUCUCCAACGUCGACCACAGCUCGGCCAGACUCACCUGGGAGGCGACGUCCAAGAAGGCCAACGGUUACCGCAUCAUGUACGUCAAGACCAAUGGAGUGCAGACCAAUGAGAUGGACGUUGGCCGCAUCACCACCCUGUUGCUAAGGAACCUGACGUCAUUGACCGAGUACACGGUGGCCAUCUUUGCUAUCUAUGACGAGGGCCAGGCAGAGCCCUUGACUGACAGCUUCACCACUAAGACGGUCCCAGAGCCUCUGAACCUGAGGAGCAGUGAAGUCUCCACAGAGAGCUUCAGGAUCACCUGGGAACACUCAGCCCACGACGUGGUCCUUUACAGACUCACAUGGACCCCCAUCAGAGGAGGAGACACUAAAGAGAUGCUAGUGAACGGUAAAAUGAAUAGCCACCUGCUGACUGGACUGAGGCCCAUCACUGAGUACGAGGUCUCUCUGAUUGCUGUCUUCAGAAACGAGGAAGAAAGCAACGCCGUGACCCUCACAGAGUCAACAGUUGUGCGUCUGGGUGUGAGGAAACUCCUGCUCAGCGAUCACACCACCUUCAGCAUGGAGGUGUCCUGGGAGCUGCAGGACCGCAAAGUGCGUCAGUACCGCGUCGCCUAUGUCACCGCCAGGGGCGAUCGUGCCGAGGAGACGAAAAUGGUCCCAGGUGGUCAGAACAGCCUCCUGCUGCAGCCACUGCUGUCUGACAUGGAGUACAAGGUGACGGUCACCCCGGUCUACGCCGACGGAGACGGCCCCGGUGUCAGCCGCAUGGGACGCACCUUGCCACUGUCCGCUCCUAGGAACCUGAGAGUGUCGGAGGAAUGGUACAACCGCUUCCGUAUCACCUGGGACACGCCCCCAUCCCCCACUAUGGGCUAUAGGGUCGUCUACAACCCCAUCUCUGCUCCGGGACCUGCUUUGGAGACCUUUGUGGGCGAGGACGUGAACACCAUGCUGAUCCUGAACCUGAUGAGCGGUACUGAGUACGGCGUUAGGGUCAUCGCCUCCUACACUACCGGCUCCAGCGAGACCCUCACCGGCAAGGCCAGGACAUUGUACCUUGGAGUGACCAAUCUGAACACCUACCAGGUGAGGAUGACCAGCGUGUGUGCCCAGUGGGGUGCCCACCGCCAUGCCACUCUAUACCGUGUGGUCAUCGAGUCGCUGCUCAAUGGAUAUAAGCAGGAGGCAAGGCUGGGAGGAGGAACCACCCGGCACUGCUUCAAUGACCUGACAGCUAACACGCAGUACAAGAUCAGUGUGUACGCCCAACUCCAGGACACAGAGGGACCUGCAGUCUCCACCACAGAGAAGACCUUCCCUGUUCCCACCCCGGCACCCACCAGACCACCCACUACGACCGCUCCUCCCAGUAUACCCUCAGUCAAGGAAGUUUGCAAGGCGGCCAAGGCAGACCUAGCAUUCCUAGUGGACGGCUCCUGGAGCAUCGGGGAUGACAACUUCCUGAAAAUCAUCCGCUUCCUGUACAGCACCACAGGAGCCCUCGACAUCAUUGGACCAGAUGGUACUCAGGUUGCCAUUGUCCAGUUCAGUGACGAUGCCAGAACCGAGUUCAAACUUAACUCGUACGACAACAAGGAGAGGCUGCUAGAGGCCAUUAACCGCAUCUCCUAUAAGGGAGGGAACACCAAGACAGGGCUAGCCAUCCGGCAUGUGAAAGACACCAUCUUCACAGUGGGAGGUGGUAUCCGGAGGGGCAUCCCCAAAGUGCUGGUGGUGUUGACUGACGGGCGCUCUCAGGACGAUGUCAACAAGGUCUCCAAAGAGAUGCAGAUGGAAGGGUACAUUGUUUUUGCCAUUGGUUUUGCGGAUGCGGACUACGGGGAGCUGGUGAGCAUCGCCAGCAAGCCUAGCGGGAGACACGUUUUCUUUGUGGAUGAUUUAGACGCCUUCAAGAAAAUUGAGGAAAAGCUGGUCACUUUUGUUUGUGAGGCUGCCACUGCCACUUGUCCUUCGGUGGCGAUGAGUGGCAGUACCUUGCCAGGUUUCAGGAUGAUGGAGAUGUUUGGCCUGGUGGAGGGUAUGUAUGGACAUGUAUCAGGAGUGUCCAUGGAGCCUGGCACCUUCAACAGCUUCCCCUGCUUCCGCCUGCACAACAACUCCCUCCUUGCCCAGCCCACCAAGUUUAUCCACCCCGAGGGUUUGCCCUCCGAUUACACCAUCACUAUGCUGUUCCGCCUGCUGCCUGAAACGCCCAAGGAGCCCUUUGCAUUGUGGGAGAUCCUCAACAAGGACAACGAGCCCCUGGUGGGCCUCAUUCUGGACAACGGUGGCAAGACCCUCACCUUCUUCAACCAUGACUACAAAGGACAGUUUCAGACUGUGACCUUCGAGGGACCUGAGAUCAAGAAGCUCUUCUACGGCAGUUUCCACAAGCUACACAUGGCUAUUAGCAAGACCAGCGCCAAGGCUGUCAUUGACUGUAAGCUAGUAGGGGAGAAGGCCAUCAACGCGGCGGGCAACAUCACCACGGAUGGCCUGGAGGUGCUGGGACGCAUGGUGCGCUCCAGGGGGAAGAAGGACAGCUCUGCACCGUUUCAACUGCAGUCGUUUGACAUCGUCUGCAGCACGUCCUGGGCCAGCCGAGACAAGUGCUGUGAGCUUCCUGGUUUGAGGAAGGAGGAGGACUGUCCUGCCAUGCCCCGUGCCUGCACCUGCAGCCAGGAAAGCAAAGGUCCCCCUGGCCCCACUGGACCCCCUGGAGGACCUGGGAUCAGAGGAGGGAGAGGGGACCGUGGAGAACCAGGAGCUGUGGGACCGAUAGGUCCAGUUGGGGACGCUGGUACUCCUGGGCUGCAGGGGCCUCCUGGACCCCAGGGGCCCAGCGGACGUACCAUCAUGGGCCCUCCGGGUGGUCCAGGAGAAAGAGGUGAGAAGGGUGCAGCUGGCACUCCAGGAAUACAGGGCAUUCCUGGGUCUCCUGGGUCACCAGGUCGAGCGGGACAAACAGGAACAAGGGGACUUCCUGGUAAAGAUGGACCCCAGGGGCGAACAGGACCUCCAGGGACUAUAGGCACUCCAGGAGCUCCUGGGUCACCAGGGUCAAGUGGACCUCCAGGGUCACUGGGAAACCAGGGACCUCCUGGUCCUGCCGGAAACAAAGGAGAGAAGGGAGAAAGAGGUGACCUGCAAUCCCAGGCAUCGGUCCAAGCAAUCGCCCGGCAGGUCUGUGAGCAGCUGAUACAGAGUCACAUGGCUCGCUACAGCUCCAUCCUUAACCACAUCCCCAGCGCACCCGUCUCUGUCCGCACCGUUCCAGGUCCCCCAGGAGAGCCCGGGCGGCAGGGCGGCCCAGGACCACAGGGAGAGCAGGGGCCCCCGGGCAGACCAGGGUUCCCCGGGUCCAACGGAGAAAAUGGACAACCAGGAGCCAGAGGUUUGUCAGGAGAGAAGGGCGACAAGGGAAGCCCAGGCACAGGAGUCCAGGGUCCCAGAGGCCCUGUCGGACCCCCAGGACCAACGGGUCAGGGCCGGACAGGUAGCCAGGGUCCAUCUGGUCGGCCGGGGAACCCUGGAACACCUGGGCGGCCGGGUAUCCCUGGACCAGUGGGGUCGGCUGGACCUCCUGGAUACUGUGACCAGAACUCCUGUGUGGGCUACAACGUAGGAGGUAAUUAUGGCAAUCCCACUCCACAAAAUCUUCCCUUAGUCCAAUUGCCCCCCAACACCUACCAGAACUAUGACGAGGUGGAGGAGGAGGACCCCUAUAGGUAUGGCGAGGGGGGCUACCCCUCCGAGUACUAUCAGCCCAACUACCCGGCGCCUCGACCGGUCGUGCCCGAGGACCCAGCCCUCACCCAGGGCGACGAAGUGCUGAGGUCCCCCGGGAUCCACCGCUCCUACAGGAGCCUGGCUGACAAGAAUGAUAAGAAAGAAGAAGAAGGGCCGGGGGAGAGGAAGAUGGUCGUCCCAUGA